GGCCCAAUCAUUUAAGUUUAAACUCCGAGGGUUUGUAUUGUUUGGCAGGAAGCAAAUUGGUGCGAAAUCAGAAGAUGACAACUCAAAUCUGGCUACACUUGAUCCUCUCACUCGUAUAGUAUACACAAGUAUAUAGAAUAAGUUCUUAUAUAGUACGAGCCUCCUCUGACAUCCCAUCCUAAAUUUCUCUGCGCUAAGAAUCAAACAUCACAAUUACUAGAGCUGACAAAAGUAAGAUAGUUUUGUAAUACUAUGGGGGAAAACAAUGAGCCUCUUCCUCCAGGUGUUCCAUCCGUGCCAAGUUACACACCAAACUCAGCAGCAUCUGUGAAUAUGGCUACCUGCUACCCACAGUCUUUCCAGAACAAUGUUAAUCCCCAUCAUCAAUAUCAGUAUUCUUAUAAUAGUCACAAUACUGUUUCUCCCUCUAAUGUAGCUCUGGCUCCUCCGCAACACUUUAAUCCACAUUUUAAUCCUUCACCGAGAUUAGAUCCUGCUCAAUAUGCUCCUUGUGUUUCAAAUCAGUUUCCAGGUAACUUUCAAAACAACAAUAUUACCCAAUAUAGACCCCCCAGUGUUCAGAACUUCCAACAUAUAUCUCCAGGUCCAGCUGUGUCAGCAUGCAGUACACAUACUUCGCCUAUGACAUCUAAUGUUUCGCAGCCACAAUCAGGAAAUGUUCAAUCUGAUGGCCUGCUGAUGACCUCCCAGUCAGCCAAUACAAGUUCUCCAUUAGAGGCUUCUAAAAAACUAAAUGACGGAAAUCUCGUUGAAGUGCAUCAAGCUAAUGUUUUGGAAGAAAACCAGAGCAAAGAUAUGGAUUCGGAAUGCUUCUCUAAUCAAUCCGGGAUCCAAAGUGCAGUACAAUCUGCUCAAAACAUAUUGGAGCAAAAAUCAGCAAAACUAUAUGAGACAGACAGACGCUUGGAGGUGCAUUCAGCUGAUAUUGAAAAUGCUGUACAGGAUGCUGUGCUACGCGAACAAGAAACUGUUGUCCAAAAAGUGAUACAGGGUCAAAGGGAGUGGAGGGGGGUAACUGAACCUCCAGAGAACCAGGACGACAUUAUCGCAAAACGUCAUGAUCAAAAUGCCAUAAAGGAGCAUCUUUUAAAUAUGACUACAAAGCAUCGUGCUGAGAUGGCCACCAAACGUGGCAAGACUAGCGUUGCUGAGCAAGGUAACUCGGAAAUUGGAAAUGGAUAUGGUGUGCCAGGUGGAGGUGCUUACUCUGGUGCUUCGGUGCCUAAUUUGGAGCAUGACGUGAGAUCCGAACAGAAGCAUGGGGAGAGCAAGUUGCCUGAGUACCUUAAGUUGAAGUUGAGAGCAAGGGGCAUCUUAAAAGAUGAACAAGCCAAGAGUUUAAAGACUCAGACUCAAACUCUGACGCCCAAAAUUUUGCCACCAGGAUGGAUUGAGGCAUGUGAUCCUGCAAGCGGUUCACUUUAUUACUAUAAUGAAAAGUCUGGGAUAAGUCAAUGGGAAAGACCUGUUGAUUCUUCUUUGAACUUGGAACCACCAGCUUCUUCACCAGUUCCUGCCGAUUGGCAAGUGCUAUUCGAUGAAGCAACUGGCAAAAACUAUUACUACAACACAAAGACCUUUGUAACGCAAUGGGAGCAACCUGGUUUAUCCCACCAAGUUCCUUUGGUUGAUCACGAAACGAAGGUUUCUGGCCAAGAUGCUAAAGAGAAUCAGGGUGAUCAACCUUCUGCCUUUAAAAAAUGCUUAGGGUGCGGUGGUUGGGGAGUGGGCCUUGUACAGACGUGGGGAUACUGUAAUCAUUGCACACGCUUGUCCAAUCUUCCUCAAGGACAAUUAAAUAACGUGCAAAAGGAACAGCAGACCUUUGAUACUGAAAGUAUAGCAGGAGAUUCAGGAAAUGGAUUCUCCAAGAAUAGAUCCAAUUUUAAACCUCCUUUAGGGAAAAGCACAAAGAAGGAUAGUCGGAAGCGUGCUUACACGGAGGAGGAUGAGUUGGAUCCCAUGGAUCCAAGCUCUUAUUCUGAUGCUCCUCGCGGUGGUUGGGUUGUAGGAUUAAAGGGUGUUCAACCUCGAGCUGCUGACACUACUGCUACGGGUCCUCUCUUCCAACAAAGACCAUACCCCUCACCUGGAGCAGUCUUGCGUAAAAAUGCUGAAGUUGCCUCUCAAAACAAAAAACCGAGCUCCAAGUUUGCUCCCAUCUCCAAGAGAGGUGACGGAAGUGAUGGACUUGGUGAUGCUGAUUGAAAUAUAGGAGGUACUAUAUGUGUGAAAGUAAAGUUGGUAUAGAAUUAAUUGACAAAAAAAGUGGUGUAGAUGUUAUAAUUUAAUGUGCUGCUGAUUGCCACAGAAUGUUUCAUUAAUUUGAAACACUAGAAUGUAGGAUUUUGUAGUCUGUAGACUGGACGAACCCAUUAAAAGACCUUUGGUAAUGUUAAAAAACAGGCCAUACGCCAUAGUCAGAA